AUGGCACAAGUUGCUGUUCCUACGGCAAUACUCGAAGCAGAAGUUGCCAGUCUUCCCUUGCCCCGACUUCUCCUAAAUCUGGUCUCCGACCGGGCCUCAACGGAACCAAAUAAGAUAUGGGGUUCUAUACCUAUCAGUUCUCAAACGACCGGCGCUGGGUAUGAAGACAUAUCGUACCGGCGCUUUAACUACGCCAUUGACAGGGCAGCAUGGUGGAUGCACAACGUCAUUGGGCCGCACAGACUUCGACCAUUUGAGCCUCUGGCAUACCUUGGGCCUCCCGACACAAGGUAUAUCGUUUUUAGUCUCGCAGCCAUCAAGGCUGGUUUUCAGAUGUUAUACCUCUCACCGAGGAAUAGCGACGAGGCACAAUAUGCAGUUAUGAAAGAGGCAGAUUGCCAUAAGUGGCUUUGUGCAACCGAGAUAAAGACGAAAGUGGAAGCUUUGGUCGAGAAUAGACCGCCCAAAACCUUGAAUGCGAACAGCGGCCAGACAGAGAGCUGGAACGACACAUUGACCGUUGUUCCAGGACAGACUGGGCUAUUGAAAGAUGAGCCGACGCCAUCAUUCUCGUACAACAAGACGAUAGAAGAAGCAAGGGGGGAGCCCUUGGUCAUGCUUCAUACGUCAAGCACAACCGGUUUGCCCAAGCUGAUCCCUCUAACCCAGGGAUACGGGUUCCAUGAAGAUCUGAUCCAGCACUACCCGAAAGAGGACGAGUUGGAUGUUCUCACUCGCAAGCCAUUUGACGGCGAUUGUAGAUUAUUUCUUGCUAUGCCUCUUUUUCAUGCUGGCGGAGUCUUGUUGGGUCUGCUGAAGUCACUUUACCACGACAUAGUGAUGGUGUUCCAGCCUCCUGCUGUUCCAUUGAGUGCCUCAAUGGUUGAUGGGAUUCUACGCCAUGGAAAGUGCGAUGGGACUGUCAUCCCUCCGUUUCUGGUCGAAGAGAUGUUGGGUAUCCCUGAAUAUUUCGACACUCUUACAAGUCUGAAAUUUGUCCAGUUCGGCUCCGGACCGCUUAGCAAAUACUGCGGUGACACUUUACUCACGCGUCAGAAAAGUUGUCCCCAUUUCAUCGGUACUACAGAAGUAGGUUUGAUUCCUCUGGUGGAACUUGAUGAUCCAGAACUGGAGUGGCAAUAUUUCCAUUUUCAUCGGUGGAGUGGAGCCGAAAUGAGGCCUAUCGAUGACUCGGCAGGCCUCUACGAGCUUUUCAUAAAGAAGAUCGGCGUUAAUGUUCCUGGAAUCCAACCUGUCUUCGAGCUCUUUCCCCAUCUCACCGAGUGGCCAACAAGAGAUAUUUACACGCAGCACCCUCACAAACCGUAUUUGUGGCGCACUUGCGGCAGGGCUGAUGAUAUCGCAAAGGCGCACACUGCUAUCACUGGUGCACUGAUCGUUGGACAAGGACGAUUUCAACCGGCCCUGCUUUUGGAAGUCAAAGGCAUAGAUGUCGAUAAGGAGAACGAAAAAAAAGACUUGUUGCAAGCUAUUUGGCCCACCAUCAAAGCUGCAAAUAAGGCUUCUCCCAAACACGGACAACUUACGAAGUCCUUGACACUCUUUUCGUCACCCAAGAAACCAUUCCUUCGUACUCCGAAGCUCAGCGUUAGGAGGAAGCCAACAGCCGAUCUGUACAGCGAAGAGAUUGAUGAACUAUAUCGCCGGAUAGAGGGAGAGGUAGCCAACCUCGACCGCGGUGACCUCCCCGAGGAAACUGAUCUCCGCGAUCUCAGCUCAGUUCAGAAUUUCGUGCAGUGCCUUGUUGGGAAUGUCACGGGAUGGAUUGACGAGCCUUCUCUGGAUACUGAUCUGUUCAUGCUAGGGAUGGACUCACUCCACGUUGUCCGUAUUGUUCGAGCCGUAAGGGCAGCAAUGAAGGACGCUAUGAGUCUCAGCCAAAUCGCCGAACUAACUUCAAAUAUCAUCUAUAACAAUCCCACGAUCGACUCUUUGUCGCAAGCUCUGAACGACAUCGUCCAGGCUCAUAUUGGGGAUCAGACAACUGAAAUUAUUGACAGAUGGACACACGGUUGGGGUUAUCAAUCCGCAACUCUUGGGAAUGGCUUGGAGCGCCAAACCUCCCAAAAUACCACAAGUGAGGCCCACGGUGUUGUUGGGAAGAAGACUUGGACUGUCAUUUUGACAGGUUCCACGGGAUCACUUGGAUCACAUAUCCUUGAAAACCUUCUCCAUCAUCCACCCGUUUCGCAGGUUAUUUGCUUAAAUCGGUCCGCCGAUGCAGCCGCCAAAUGGAAACAGACAAUUAUAAGUCGAAAACUGUCCACUGAAUUGGCAGAUCCUGGGCGUGUUCAAUUCCUUCGGACAACAAACCUGGGGGCACCUCGUCUAGGUCUUGAGGAGAACUCGUACCAGUACCUGCUUCAGUCGGUCACACAUGUGAUCCUAAACGCUUGGCCAGUCAAUUUCAACCUGUCGGUCUCGUCUUUUGAGAAAACCCACAUUGCCAGCAUCCGUCGAUUUACAGAUUUCAGUUCAAGCUCUUCCAAGCGCGCACACAUUGUCUUCGUAUCCAGUCUAUCUUCGAUAACAUCUGGGGGACUCAAGCAAUCAGUUCCGGAGAAGAUAAUCCAAGACAAUUCUAUGCCAUCGCACAUGGGCUACGCCGAGUCUAAAUACAUUGCAGAACGCAUCCUUGAUGCCGCGACGGCAUCCUCGCGAGGCCGCAUACCCACAACGAGCCUUCGUGUUGGCCAAAUUGCUGGUCCGGUGCCGAAUGUGGAUCGUGGGGGGGAUAUUAAAGCCAAGUUGGAGGUUUGGAACGUCCAAGAAUGGUUCCCAAGUCUAAUAAUCAGUUCGAACACGGUGCGAGCUUUACCUACCACUCUCGGUCGCAUGGAAUACAUUGACUGGAUUCCUGUGAACGUGCUGGCCAAUAUUGUCAUCGAGCUUUUGCAAUUCGACAACGAGGAAAUCGAACACCAAAAGUCCUCAGAGGGAGGCACCAGCCAUUUGACUUCACGCGUCUACCAUCUCUCCAACUGUGCGGUUGUAACCUGGCAGCAAGACAUUUUGCCCAUUGUGCAACACUUCCUUGCAAUCGACAAGGUAGUUCCGUUGGUGGAGUGGAUCGAGCUAGUAGGCUCAAGCUCUGAGUCUGCUGGGGAUAUCAAUACAGCGGCAAAUCCUGCGGCCAAGAUCCUGCCUUUCUACCGGAGUCUAGUAUUGAGACGAGACGAGACCUUGGCAGCAAGACCGAAAUACCUAACUGAGCAAACCCAAAAGGCCAGCCCUACUCUGAGGGAGGUAGGACCUGUAAGGGCAGAGUGGGUAUAUCGAUGUUUAAGUGAUUUAGAUCUGAACCUGAAGGUGAAAAGUAGAUAG